GCGCUGAGUAGACGACAGGCUCAGAACGACCGCACGAAGGUUUGAAAUGGCAGAACACUUGUGUACAGGAAUCUCAAACACAACAACACAUCAGUUUUGCUGACUCUGUCUGGAUAUUUAAGGAGUGACCAGAUACUUUCUUUGCAACACCAACACAUCUGCUGUCGACCCUUGGAGAUGAAGAAGUAUCUCAUCCCAGCUGGAAAUGUAUUCUGCAUCUGAAAUGAAGUUUUCUGUUUUAACUCUGUGAAACUCACUGGAACUAGGAGCUGAGAACACACCAGCAUUUGUUCACUAGAGAUCAGUUCUUCAACUGCAUUGAUCGUACAAGGGAUUCAAACAUCUGACUUUCUGAAUUGUCAGAGGAUUGAUCGCAGUGAGAUAUCAUUCUUCUUCUCUCAGUGUGGGAAGAGAUUCACUCACAGACUACCCGCAGACACACCAGUGAGUUCACAGUGGGGAGAGGACAUUCCCCCGCUCUGUGUGAGGGAGGGGAACCACUCAGUCAUCCAGCCUGAAGAUACAUCUGCAAGUUCACACCAUCGUGAGAUGCUCCACCUGUUCUGCAAGCGGGAAGCCAUUCUGUUAUUGGUGCUAAAGGUAUAUCAGAAAAUUCACCAGUGAGAGGACAUAGACCUGCUCGGACGGUGGGAAGGCAUUCACACGCUCAACCACGCCACAGUGACACCAGUGAGUUCACACCGUGGAAAAGCCGAAUGGCUUCUGAAUGUGGGAAGGGAUUCACUCAAUCAUCUCAACUGAAUGAAAAUCAGCGAGUUCACACUGAAAAGAUGCCAUUCACCUGCUCAGACUGUGGGAAGGGAUUCACUCAGUCAAAUCACCUGCUACAACAUCAGUUGGUUCACACUGGGGAGAGGCCAUUCACCUGCUCAGACUGUGGGAAGGGAUUCACUCAGUCAUCCAACCUACAGAGACACCAGCGUGUUCACACCGGUAAGAAGCCAUUCACCUGCUCAGACUGUGGGAAGCGAUUCGCCCAGUCGUCUCAACUGAAGGAACAUCAGCGAGUUCACACUGGGGAGAAGCCGUUCACUUGCUCUGAAUGUGGGAAGGGAUUUGCUCGGUCCUCUGAACUGAAAUUACAUCAGCGAGUCCACACUGGGGAGAAGCCAUUCACAUGCUAUGAAUGUGGGAAGGGAUUCAGUCAGUCAGCUCAAAUGAAGGAUCAUCUGCGAGUUCACACUGGGGAGAGACCAUUCACCUGCUCAGACUGUGGGAAGGGGUUCACUCGCUUGUCCACAUUACUUCGACACCAGCGAGUUCACACUGGGGAGAGGCCAUUCACCUGCUCAGACUGUGGGAAAGGAUUCAUUCAGUCAAAUCACCUGCUACAACAUCAGCGAGUCCACACUGGGGAGAAGCCGUUCACUUGCUCUGAAUGUUGGAAGGUAUUUGCUUGGUCAUCUGAACUGAAGAUACAUCAGCGAGUUCACACUGGGGAGAAGCCAUUCUCGUGCUCUGACUGUGGAAAGGGAUUCACUCACUUAUCCAGCCUACAGAGUCACCAGCGAAUUCACACUGGGGAGAAGCCAUUCACCUGCUCAGACUGUGGGAAAGGAUUCACUCGCUCAUCCAACCUACAGAGACACCAGCGAAUUCACACCGGGGAGAAGCCAUUCACAUGCUCUGAAUGUGGGAAAGGAUUCACUCAGUCAUCUCAACUGAAAGAGCAUCAGCGAGUCCACACUGGGGAGAGGCCAUUCACCUGCUUUGAAUGUGGGAAGGGAUUUGCUCGGUCAUCUGAACUGAAGAUACAUCAGCGAGUCCAUACUGGGGAGAAGCCGUUCACCUGCUCUGAAUGUGGGAAGGUAUUUGCACGGUCAUCUGAAUUGAAGUUACAUCAACGAGUUCACACUGGGGAGAGGCCAUUCACAUGCUCUGAAUGUGGGAAGGGAUUUGCUCAGUCAUCCAAACUUGUGAGGCACUACCGAAUUCACACUAGAGAGAAACUGUUCACCUGCUCAGAUUGUGGGAAGGAAUUCAGUCGGUCAUCUGACUUUAAAAUACAUCAGCAAAUUCACACGAGGGGAUGCAACUCACCUGUUCUGAAUGUGGGAAAGGAUUCACUCAGACAUGUCAAUUAAGACUAUAAGAUAUAGGAGCAGAAGUAGGCCAUUCAGCCCAUCGAGUCUGCUCCACCAUUCAGUCAUGGGCUGAUCCAAUUCUUCCAGCCGCCCUACUUCCCUGCCUUCUCCCCAUACCCUUUGAUGCCCUGGCUAAUCAAGAAUCUAUCUCUCUCUGCCUUAAACGCACCGAAUGACUUGGCCUCCACAGUUGCUUGUGGCAACAUAUUCCACAGAUUUACCACCCACUGACAAAAGUAAUUUCUUCUCAUCUCUGUUCUAAAUGGAUGUCCUUCAAUCCCGAAGUCGUUUAUACUCCCAUAUCUAAUCUGUUCAGAGCUUUUAACAUUCGGAAUGCUUCAAUGCCCCCCCCCGCCCCCGUUCUCCUGAAAUUCAGGGAAUACAGCCCAAGAGCUGCCGGACCCUUCUCGUACAGUAACCCUUUCCUGGAAUCCUGGAAUUAUUCUUGUAAAUCUUCUCUGAACCCUCUCCAAUGUCAGUAUAUCCUUUCUAAAAUAAGGAGCCCAAAACUGCACACAAUACUCCAAGUGUGGUCUCACGAGUGCCUUAUGGAGCCUCAACAUCACAUCCCUGCUCUUAUAUUCUAUACCUCUAGAAAUGAAUGCCAACAUUGUAUUCGCCAUCUUCACCACCGACUCAAUCUAGAGGUUAGCCUUUAGGGUAUCCUGCACACGGACUCCCAAGUUCCUUUGCAUCUUUGCAUUUUGAAUUCUCUCCCAUUAUAAGUAAUUGUCUGUCUGUUUAUUUCUUCCACCAAAGAGCACGACCAUACACUUUCCAACAUUGUAUUUCAUUGGCUAGUUCUUUGCCCAUUCCCCUAAAUUAUCUAAAUCUCUCCGCAGGCUCUGUUUCCUCAGCACUACCCACUCCUCCACUAAUUUUGUAUCAUCGGCAAAUUUAGCUACAAAUCCAUUAAUCCCAUAGUCAAAAUCAUUGACGUAAGCGUAAAAAGCAGCGGUCCAAACACUGACCCCUGUGGCACUACGGCAGCCAGCCAGAGUAGAAUCCCAUUAUUCCCACUUUUGUUUUGUUUUCUGCCGACCGGCCAAUGCUCCACCCAGGCUAGUAACUUCCCUGGAAUUCCAUGGGCUCUUAUCUUGCUAAGUAGCGUCAUGUGCGGCACCUUGUCAAAGGCCUUCUGAAAAUCUAAGUACACCAUAUCUACAGCAUCUCCUUUGUCUACCCUGCUUGUAAUUUCCUCAAAAAAUUGCAGUAGGUUAGUCAGGCAGGAUUUUUCUGUUCAGCUUUGGCCUACCUUGUCAUGUGCCUCCCGGUAUGCCGUAAUCUCAUCCCUAAACAAUCGAUUUCAACAACUUCCCAACCACUGAUUUCAGGCUAACAGGUCUAUAGUUUCCUUUCUGCUGCCUCCCACCCUUCUUACAUAGCGGAGUAACAUUUGCAAUUUUCCAGUCAUCUAGUACAAUGCCAGAAUCUGUUGAGAUUCUUGAAAGAUUAUUGUUAAUGUCUCCACAGUCUCUCCAGCUACUUCCUUCUGAACCUAAGGGUGUAUUCCAUCAGGUCCAGAAGAUUUAUCCACCUUCAGACCAUUAAGCUUCCUGAGCACCUUCUCAGUCGUAAUUUUCACUGCACAUACUGCACUUUCCUGACACUCUUGAAUGUCCGGUAUACUGCAGAUGUCUUCCACUGUAAAGACUGAUGCAAAAUACGCAUUCUGUUCCACUGCCAUCUCUGUGUCUCUCGUUACACUAUCUCCAGCAUCAUUUUCUAUUGGUCCUAUAUCUACCCUCAACUCUCUUUUACCCCUUAUAUACUUAAAAAUGCUUUCAGUAUCUUCUUUGACAUUAGUCACCAGCUUCCUUUCAUAAUUCAUCUUUUCCUUCCUAUUGACCUUCAUAGUUUCCUUCUGCAAGUUUUUAAAAGCUUUCCAAUUCUCUAUAAUCCCACUAGCUUUGGCUUCCUUGUAUGCCCUCUCUUUAGCUUUUACUUUGGCUCUGACUUCACUUGUCAGCCACAGUAGUGUCCUUCAAUUUGAAAAUUCCUUCUUGUUUAGAGUAUACAUACCUGUCUUGCACUUCCCACGUUUUUCGCAGAAACUCCAGCCAUUGCUGCUCUGCUGUCCUUCCUGCAAGUGUCCCUUGCCAGUCAACUUUGGCCAGUUCCCCUCUCAUGCCAUUGUAAUUUCCUUUAUUCCACUGAAAUACCAAACAUUGGAAUUUAGUUUCUCCUUCAGAAAUUUCAAAGUGAAUUCAAUCAUGUUGUGAUCACUGUUCCCCAAGGAUUCCUUAACCUUAAGCUCUCUUAUCAUUUCGUUGCACAACACCCAAUCCAGCACAGCCGAUCCCCUAGUGGGCUCAACAACAAGCUGUUCUAAAAAGCCAUCCCUUAGACAUUUUACAAACACACUCUCUUGAGGUCCAGUACUGACCUGGUUUUCCCAAUCCACUUUCAUGUUAAAAUCCCUAACGAUUAACAUGACAUUGCCCUUCCGACACGCCUUUUCUAUCUCCUGCUGUAAUUUGUAACCCACAUCCCGGCUGCUGUUUGGAGACCUGUUUACAACUGCCAUUAGGGUCCUUUUACCCUUGCCAUUUCUUACCUCCAACCAGAGAGACUCUACACCUUCCGAUCCUGUGUCAUCCCUUUCUGAUUAUUUAAUAUGAUUUCUUAUACACAAGGCCACACCGCGCCCUCUGCCUGCUAACCUAUCUUUCCGAUACACCGUAUAUCCUUGGACGUUCAGCUCCCAAUGGCAGCCAUCUUUCAGCCAAGUUUCAGAAAUGGCCACAAUGUCAUACUUGCCAGUCUGUAGCUGAAUUUCAAGAUAAUCUUAUUUUAUUUCUUAUGCUGAGUGCAUUCAAAUAUAUCACUUUCAGUCCAGUAUUGAAUGAACUUCGGCAUGUAAACACUGGGGACAAACUGUUCAACUGCUCAGACUGCGAGAAGGAAUUCACUCAGUCAUCUCAACUGAAUAAACAUCACCGAGUUCGCACUGAGUAGAAGCCGUUCCUCUGUUCUGACUGCAGGAAUGAAUUCACACAUCCAUCUUACCUACCGAUACACCAGACUGUUUUCAGCAGUGAGAGGACAUUGAUCUGCUCAGACUGUGGGAAGGCAUUCACACAUUUAUCCACACUGCAGAGACAGUGGGUUCACACUGUGGUGACGGUGGUGAUGCGCUCUGAAUGUGGAAUGGGUUUCCAUCAGUCAUUCAUCGUUGUGUCGCCCUGCCGAGCUUUGACUCAUUGUUAAUUGGGGAGAUCGGAUGCUUCAGAGGACGAAAUUCACUCCAGUUUGCCAAUCGAGUAUUAAGGGUGGUGGCUCAGGGCAGGUUAUUUUUGAGCUUUCAGCAGUGGCCAAUCAGCAUUCAGGAUGGAUUAUCAAGAAGAUAUUAAAGUUAGACAGGAGCAAGUGGAGCGGUCAUUGUUGGAGUGGACAGUUGGAGCGGAGACAUUGAGACUUCACCUCUUUGAGGUUUCAGUGCGGAGAGCUUUUAGUCAGAGAAGCAAAACUAUGCCGGAGGUAGAAUUUUUUUUGCCCCUUCUUUGCAUUUGCUCAGUUAAAACAGUCAAGAUGCCAGGCAGGAUAGUGGAAAGCGCCUCUUGCGUGAUUUGGGAAGGCAGGGGACCCUCCUGUGUCCCUGAUAACUACACCUGUGAGAAGGGCAUCCAGAUUCAGUGCCGAACAAUCCACAUUAAGGAGUGGGAGCCGGAACUGGAUGAACUCCAGAUCAUUCGGGAGGCGGAGGGGUGAUAGGUAGGACAUAUAGAGAGGUAGUUGCAACCAGGCUGUACAGCACAGGGAACUGGGUGACAGUCAGGAAGGGGAAAGGGUGGGGGGGGGAAAUGAGUGCAGUGUACCCCUGUGUCCAGGCUCCUGAACAACACAUAUAUCACUUUAGAUACUGUUGGGGACGGUGGGAUGACCUAGCAAAGGACAGGCACAGCAGUCGUGCCUCUGGUGCUUCGUCUGGCUCUGAGACUGAGAAGGGAAGGGUGCAGAAGAGGUGAGCUGUGGUCACAGGUGUUUCAUUAGCUAAGGAAACUGACUGGAUGUUCUGUGGGUGAGAAUGAGAUUCCAGGAUGGUAUGUUACGUCCUGUGUGCUAGUGUCUGGGACAUCUGGGGUAGAGUGCUCAGCAUUCCUAAGGAGGGUGAACAGUGAAGGUCGUGGUCCAUGUGGGUACCAAUGAUAUGGGCUGGUAGAGUAACGAGGUUCUGCAAAGGGGGUUCAGGGAGUGAGGUGCUAGGGCAGCUCAUCCUGGGCUGUGAUCUCAGGACUGCCAUCUGUACCAUGUGUAAGGAAUAGGGAGAAUAUACAGUUUAAAAUGUGGCUAAGGAGUGGGUGCAGGAGGGAGGGCAUAAGAUUUGUGGAUCAUUUGAGCCUGUAAGGAUUGCUGUGUGUGUAUUGGGGGAGAGGGGACAUCGUUGAUGGAAGGUGAGUGGGCAGACAGGUCUCUCUCUCUCACACAUGCAAACACAUGCAGUGGAGUGGGACGGAGGGGAGUGAGAAGGGAAAAGGUGAAUGAGGAGGAUUGUGUUCAGGCUGCUUCACAGACUCCCCCUCUGGAAUUGGUCCCAUUCCCUACCCCAGGCUGCGGUGAGCAUUGAGUUGCCUUGCUAACAAGAAAAUGAAUUGUUCAAUGGUAUCUGGUUAACACACUUUGAUAAUAAAUUUACG